AUGUCUGUCCCUGACACAUCACCACCUUCCUGGGAUCUGACCCCGGCAAUCAGUCUGUUACAUUCGUUUAGCCUCGAAGGCUGUCAACAUGAACGCCCCGCGAGUCCAAAGCAAACUGCAAAUGGCCCUAUCAACCAUGCCACGUUCGCCUCAAAUGCUCUAGGGGAUGCCGAGAGUGAGAAAGGUGCACAACCUAAGCUUGGAGAUUUUGGCGCCCUGUUUACCUUCCUCUCCCAAACCACGCCACCGAAGCUUGGUACUGUCUCUGACAACUCGGCCACCCAUGCUAGCAGUGGCAAAAAGGAUGUGCUAGAGGCAGCUGCAGUACUAAAGCAUCAGCUUGACGGGAGCAGGUCUCCCACUAAGAAAGUGAUUCUCAAGAGAGAUGUUCCCAAGCGCAUCAAUUCCGCGGGGUUAUCGGUACUACCUACACCUACCAGUGGGACCGUCCUGGUCUCGCCUAAAUCCAUACUUCGCAGACCUCCUGCUACUACUGCUGGUGCUGUCGUUGCGGCCGAGGCUGCUCCAGCACCGAAAGGCAAGAGGAUAGUUGGGUCUAUUAUCCAUAUUGAGCCGCUCCUGACUGGCUCUACUAUACAAAGGCAACAGGCUCUUGUCUCGUUGCUCGAAGAAAAACAUGCCAAAGUCAGGAAUAACCUGAAUCACGGGAACUUACGUGAAUGCCUCUGUCGCCCUCUAAAGACGGCACCAGCAGGUAUUCACGUAUUUGUCGAUAUGUCUAACAUCAUGGUUGGCUUCCACGACUGCAUCAAGAAGUCAAGGGACAUACCUCUGACUACUCGAGUUCGUCGAUUGCCCUUAUCAUUCCAGAACUUUGCCCUCGUUCUCGAACGAGCUCGGCCAGUCAGCAAGCGAGUUCUCGUUGGCUCUGAUCGGUAUCCCGCCAUUGACGAAGCAGAAACGCUUGGUUAUGAGGCGAACAUUCUCGAACGAGUACACAAGGCGAAGCCCUCAUCGCCCCGGAAGACGAAACUCUCCGGCGGUGGUGGAGAUAAGGCCUCGCGCCGCGCACUCUAUGAUCAGUCUAGCAGCUCCGAGACGAAUGCCCAAGCCUCCCCCGAAAGGUGGGUGGAGCAAGCCGUAGAUGAGAUUCUACAUUUGAAAAUACUGGAGAGUAUCGUUGACACCGAUACUCCCUCAACAAUUAUCCUGGCGACCGGUGACGCUGCCCAGGCUGAGUAUUCAGAUGGGUUCUUGAAGAUGGUUGACCGCGCGUUGAGCAAGGGUUGGUAUGUCGAACUGGUUAGUUUCAGCUCCAUCACCAGCCGUGCUUACACUCGGAAAUCAUUUCGCGAUAAAUGGGGCUCUAGAUUUCGGAUUUUCGAGCUUGACAUAUAUGCUGAAUAUCUGUUGGAUCUAUGA